UUUGCCAGCCACAUCUACAUCGAAGUCCAACGUGCCUGGCCAAGCGGUUCGUGAAUACCGUCAUUGCGUACAGGCACUUCCUGGCGACGGACAUACCUUCCCGACAGUAUACAGUGUGGACCUCACACGCGCGUGAGGAUAUAUAACGGGCAAACUGAUAGAGACACGUUCUUUCGUAGCACAGGGCGUCUCCAUCUCAAGGAUGAUGGUGCUCUCUAGUCGCCUGGUCGCCCUUGCCCUCGUCCUAUAUGUCACCGCUGUCCCCGCCCCCACUGGUCAUAUCGUCCACGAGGUACGGGACAUCAUCCCCCGCGGAUGGACAGCCGUCCGACGAGCGGAGCCAGACAUGGUCCUUCCCUUCCGUGUCGGGCUCGUGCAGCCCAAUCUAGAGAACAUCGAGGAGUACAUCAUGGACGUAUCUCACCCCGAGUCGCCUAACUACGGUAAACACUGGACUCCGGCCAAGGUCGCAUCGACGUUUCGCCCGACGAAGGAGUCUGUCGACACUGUGCGCACCUGGCUCGUGGAGAGCGGCGUCGCUUCUGAGCGCGUCAAGCUAGGUACGGGUGGGAGCUGGAUAAAAGUGAACGUGACGAUCGAGGAGGCGGAACGUCUGCUGGGCACGGAGUACUACGUCUACCAGUUCGGUGAGGACGAGAGCCACACGCACGUUGCGUGCCAUGAGAAGUACCACCUUCCGGAACACGUCUCGAAGCACGUCGAGAUCGUGUCACCGACCCUCCACUUUGAUACCAAACCUCGCGGACCCGCCGGACAGUGGCAGAAGCUCGGUAGCAGGGACGAUGCGAGUGCGAGCUCAAACUCUUCUGCGCAUGCCAUCGGCCAGCCUGGAUUCGGUACGAGCUUCCCCAAGACUACGGGUACGGUGCAGGGCAUCAUCGAUCAGUUGGAGAACUGCGACGAGCAGAUCGUCCCGAACUGUCUGCGCGCGCUAUAUGACUUCGACUACUACCCUCUCGUCCCGGAGAAGAACUCGCUUGCUAUCGUCGAAUACACUCCCCAGGCAUAUAACGCGAGCGACCUAGACAUAUUCUUCGGCAAUUUCUCGCCCAGCCAGGUUGGGCAACGGCCUAUCCUGUACAGCAUCGAUGGAGGCUAUCUUGAGACGGAAGACGGCGGUGGAUUCUACUACAACGGCGAGUCUAACCUCGACCUGCAGUACUCCAUGACGCUCGUUGGCCCACGGCAGCCUGUGCAACUUUACCAGGCGGGCGACUUCUACGAGGGCGCCUCCUUCGGUAACCUACUCGACGCACUCGACGCGUCGUACUGCACUUUUGAGGGUGGCGACGACCCCGAAUUUGAUGCGACGUAUCCGGACCCGCACGGCGGCGGCUACGAGGGCCCCGAGAACUGUGGCACAGUCUCCCCUGCGUACAUCAUGUCAACGUCGUAUGGAUACACGGAGGCAGACCUGACGCCGGCGUAUGAGCAGAGGCAGUGCGCCGAGUAUGCGAAACUCGGGCUCAUGGGCAUCACGGUGCUUUAUUCGUCUGGCGACUAUGGUGUUGCGGGGAUUGGUGAAGCCUGCUUGGAUGCUGACGGCCAGGUGGACUGGUUUGGCCACACUUUUGCGCCAGCCUUCCCCGUCGACUGUCCUUACGUCACCGCGGUCGGUGCGACGCGGGUCAACCCGAACUCAACUAUCUUCGAGCCUGAAAGCGCAUGUGAACAGAUUAUCCAAUCCGGCGGUGGCUUCUCGAACGUAUUCCCCGUGCCGUCGUACCAGGCAGCUGCAGUGGAACACUAUCUGGCUAACUACCCACCUGGCUACCCUGACGGCACGUAUAACACUUCCGGUUCGCGUGCCUAUCCUGACAUCUCUGCCAACGGUGCGAACUACGUCGUCGCUGUCCAGGGUGAAUACUAUCUUGUUUACGGCACCUCGUGCUCGUCGCCUGUUUCUGCGGCGAUCUUCUCCGCUAUCAACGAUGCCCGCCUCGCCAUUGGGAAGUCGCCGAUUGGAUUUAUCAACCCCGCGAUCUACACUCCUGAAUUCAUGGCGGCAUUCAACGACAUUACUACCGGUUCAAACCCGGGCUGCGGCACGGAAGGCUUCUACGCCCAGCCCGGGUGGGACCCGGUGACGGGUGUAGGCACACCGAACUUCGUGAAGCUGCUUGCCCUCUGGCUGGCACUUCCGUGAUUGCAUUCCGGUGCACUCCGAAUGGGACUUGCGAAGCGGACUUGAACGAUAAUUGUUCCAGUGCAUACUUGUACAUGUGCUGGAAAGAU